GGUUCUCUAGCGUAACAUGACGGACAGCGUAGCCUUUAUAUCCAUUUUGGUGGCUUCGGAGCAACGUCAAAUUCUGUCAUGGAACAUAACCGUCCCUCACCGGUGAGUUUUAUACAUACAAUUAGUUUCCAUUAAGUUCGGGUAGAAUUCAGAGCGUUCCGGCCAUGACAUUGAACACGAAGACGCGUUACGAAGAUCGCGUGAAUGGACACUCUCGAUAGAAGGAAACAAGGUCACAUUGGCAGAUAUCAUUAUUGGAAGAAGUACAGGCGGGUGAUAUCGAUAGCACUUUGACCGCAAGCCACAGAACGAGGACGUAAAGAUUCCCAGCGACAACAGACGGCCACAGCGAGACCAAGCAAGGACGCGAAGAGAAAGUCUCGACGCGACCAGAGACCAAGCGUAUUUGCACGACUAUAUUUAGACAACCGAUGAAACUCAGUCCAACUCCGCAGCAUUCAGCCACCAUGCCGCCGCUAAAUUUAGGUAUGACCAGUGGGAGCGGGUCAGACUCCGCAUGAUGCCGACGCUUGCCGACUUGGUGAGGACGAUCGUGCGGGGUAAGGUCGUCAGACAAAACCCGCUUGGAUAGGACAUGCUCCUCGUCACGAUGAACUCUACAACUCUCCAGCUCUCUUUACGGUGACAGACACGACUCACACUACUUAUUUUCUGGUAAGAUACAGCCUAGACACCGUGCUUGUCGCCGUCCGACACAUACACAGCAAAACAACACCGAACGUACUCCAGGAUGUCUCGAAUACGUUCGGACGUUCAAUCUGCAAGAACGUCAGGGAGGGCUCAUUCGGUACUUGAAGUAUCCAGUCAAUCAUCAGGCAUUCUGGUUCGCACGAGUAGGUUCCUCAAGAAAGUCUCCAACAUUCGAGGGAGUCGCAAGAAGACCACCAACGAUGUGAACGACUCAACACACGAUGCAGCAGCUUUUGCUGCCCGUUCCAUGGGUCUCGGUCGCAAGUCCUUCGGCUUCUCGCAACCCGUCCUCGGAGUUCACACCAGUGAAAUGGCCAACGGACGAGUGCUUUGUGACACGGAGGAUGAUUCGGACGGUUCGCCUCGAAGCUCAAAUGCCCACGUGUCUAGCUCACGAUUGCGGUUGUUCGUAAACAAGUCUCAGCUUCCACAGGGUUCCGAUACAGCAAGUCCAUCAAGCGGAGGCCCUUCAGUAUCUACCACUACGUCAAGCCAGCCUUCAUCUUCCAACACUACACCGAGCCCCCCGUCGAAUGCAUCAUCUUCGCCCCCAUCAUUACCCCCAACCCAUCGCUCGACCUCAUCUUGGUCUCGUUUAUUCGGCGACAGGUCUCAGUCCAGUGCGAAGGCAAGUGCGCCUCGAGCUGGAAGGUCUCAUUCAACAGCACCUUCGAUAGCUUCUAAUCCUCAAGCUACUCUAGCUACUAUACCCGACUCUGCCCUACCAAAUGGUAUUCCUCGAUCGUCUUCACCAUCACCAGCACGGGUUGGUCCAGCACCAGAUGGUCUUCCCCGCAGUUCGGAGCCAUCGUGGGUUCCAGAUCCUACGAAACAUGCCCCACUGUCAUCUCCAGAGAUAGUCCAGGACAUCGCUCCAAGUACUUCAAGUGGACCAGGUACAACCGCAGUGCCCUCCUCUUCCCUCUCCAAUGACGUACCCGGUCUGUCUGAGCAUGUAGUGCGACCCUCCGGCGUUCUGUCUGGCGAGCCCCCACCGCGUGAAUCCCAUGCGGCACCCGUUCCGUCCUCACCUUCUGGCAUUCUGUCGGGUGAUGACCGCGUGUCUGUGGUGAUGGAUACGCGUAGUCAAUCAUUACCCUCACGACAUAUCGUAUUGCCGGCGGCAGCCACGCCGUCUUCACCACUUGUCGCAUCUACCUCACCAUCCUCAACUUCAGAUGAAGCGAUACCUCGAGUUGACCAGAAGCGCGAUAAGUCUUUGCAUCUUCGACUGGCGUCACUUCCCCCACCCAUGAUGGCGCGCUAUACUGCGCAAGGAAGCACACGCCUGACGCCUAGCGUAAUACCCCGUCCAACCCCGAUGCCUAUUUUAAACCUGCCAGUGCUACAUCUACCGGUGUCUGCACCUAGUCAGCCUCAAGACGACAGGGGAGGAGGAGCACCGUUGAGGAGCAUGCCUGCGUUACCGUUGACAGGACCGAGAGACGAUGAGAACCCUGAUAUGGACGAGGAGGGAUCGGACUCUUCGGACGAUGAUGACGAGGCGCAGAAUUCCCUAAAUCGGGAAGAAGGCGGAAGUGACGAUGAUGAUAUUGACGGAGAUGACUGCACACCUGCUAACCGGAGUCGCAUUGAGCUUCCGCGUAUGGUAACGUCCCCAUUUUCGAUCUCGUUUGGUCCGAAGUCUGCGAGUAGAACGCCGAAGGCUGAACGGCCUCUGACGUUGUACUUUACGCCUACCGGAGAAGCUCAGCCAACUCCGUUGGCAGGUCCAAGUAGUCAACCUUUAGACUAUUUCUCUGUUCCGAAGCAAGAAGCCGAGCCGGGGUUGAAGACACCGCGACCUGUAGACUUCUCGAUAUCCAAACCAAGAGUCGAUGUUGGUCCAAGCAAGGAAGGUCCCGGUGGCCCUGGCAUGAUACCCCGAAUCGUACCCAUGCCGCCAACACCUACUUCACCUAAAGGACGAAGACCACCAAGGAUCACAAGACCUUCAACGGGGACGGGGCCUUCUGAGGUGUCGCGUUCGUCGCGUCCGUCUUUAUACCAGCAUGGGUCACGAAGUAUGAUCGAUCUCGUCUCGCAUACUUGGCAGGAGGAAAACUCCUCAGAACCACGGAGUGCUCGUCUGGAAGCUAUCCCUUCAGAUGUCGCAGUUCAGGCGAAGGCUUCAGAAGUACAGUCAGCUCCAACGCCAACAUUACGAAGACAACGUUCAUUGCCGAUGUAUCAACCAGAUUCUGAGCCUCCACCCUAUCCUUCGUUCUUUCAAAAUCAUCGCCAACAUAUCAUCCAACCUCGAGAAGAGGAAGGCAGGGAACCACUUCCGGUAUAUAGUAAUUCGGUGUUCAUGAUGGGUAUGAUGCCUCGGAAGAUGGAAUUCGUCGCUCCCGGUGUGCAGGCAAAGGAACGAAAGUGGCGAAGGGUCAUCGUCGUGUUGGAGGGUACGGUCAUGCGAAUAUAUCGCACUCACGGCGCUGGUAUCGCUGGGAAAGGCGGUAAAGUAGGUGAAUGGUGGGAACGUACGGUUGGUGCGAGUGAUUGGAGUACUAGUGAUGGUGUUGGAGGACUGACAGGGUCACAGGGUGGUAUUCGCGUCAGUGCGAUUAGGGAUAGGGAACGAAGGUUACAACUUCAGAACCCACUGCCAACAGAUUCAUCGCCGCUCAAACCGAAAGGAGAGGAGCAUGAGGCUGAGGAACCGAGGCAGCAGCAGCCAUCGCCGACAAGAUUGCGGUUCCAGUUGGCUGCGAACCUCUUGCACCCUUCGCGAUCAAGUAACCUUCACAGUAGCAACAGUAGUCCCAAUGCUUCGCGCUCGGGGCUUGCUGUACCCUCAGCUAGUACUCGAUCACGGUUAAGUUUUGAUAUACCUCGUGAACGAGCAGAGGAUCCUCCACCUUCAGGACGACGUUCUAUGGAUGCUCUCAGGUCGACGCCUAGUUCGAGUUCUCGUAACCUUGCAGAAGGAGAGUCUUUCGGUGCAUCAAGCUCACGUUCAGCUAUGAAUGGGAGCUCGCGAACGUCCUCGAUUCUUGAUAUAGCCUCGUCUGCUUCCUCGAUGUCCCGCUCAUCAUCGACUACUGCCAAAAAUAGUAUCUCCUCAUCUGAUCCUAAUCAACUGAAUCUACCUGAUGCUAGGGAUCUGGUUCGUUCGUAUACUCUUCAGCAUGCUGAGAGUGGUCUUGCUAGUGAUUAUACGAAACGGAGGAAUGUCAUUCGUAUCAGGAUGGAAGGAGAGCAGUUUUUGCUUCAAGCUAGGGAUGUCGCUAGUGUGAUCGACUGGAUCGAGGCUAUUCAAGCUGCAACGAAUAUCGCGUUGGAUCUUGAUGAACGUCCGAUGCCUAAAGGCCCUCUUUUCCCUCGGUCAGUGGUGGAUGGUUGUUACUUUUCAAAGGCAUAUAACUUACUUGUUUCUGGUCUCGUAUUUUAUGUAGGCGUCGAAGAAGACGAGGCCGUCGUCCUGGGACCGCAGGACAAGACACGGGACAGUCACGCGAUCUUGGCCAUGCUCCUACUUCGUCAUGAUAUUUCGCUUUUACUUCCAUCUCACCACUUCACCACCUCAUCCUUACGUCCUGUACGUUCUGUAAUGACCUCGAUGCACUGCAACGACUGGACUCUCCCCACUCAUUCAUAUAUCAAGACACGAUCUAUACCGUCCCAUUCAUUUCGUACACUUUUUUGCUUGAUCGUUUCGUUUCGUAUUGUAGACACGUCAUUUUUUUUACCCGUUCAUUUGUUCCCUGUCACCCACACACAAUGACUCUUUCUUCCUUUUUCAUCGCUUUCCGCUUUGCAGAACUCGUUGUGCUUUUUUUCACUCUGGUUAUUAUACCUGUAUACGAUUACACUACUAUACGACGCUUGGGUUCUACGUUAAUGCUAGCACUCAUAUGUGCAGAGUUUCAGGCGGGAUGCAUUCAAUCGCGUGAGUAGUGUGAACUAAGACCGGG